AUGACAGUCACAAUUCCAGGGGUCAAGGUCAACAUAAAGCCAUAUAAAAUUUCUGAAGCACAGCAAAAGGCCGUGUCUAAAGAGAUUAAGAAUAUUCUAGAGCUUGGUAUCAUUGAGGAGUCUACCAGUGAAUGGACCAGCCCCAAAGUUCUAAUUCUAUACCAGAUGGCAGCCUACACUUCUGCAAUGAUAUUCAUAAACUGGGAGACUCACUUAGUGAGCAUACAAGCAGCAUGCUCACUAACAGCCAACCCAAAGAAAUGCUGCUUAGCAAUGAAAGAGGCUAAAUACUUGGGGUUUACCAUAGGUAGAGGUCUGAAUAAGCCCCAACUAAACAAAAUUGAGGCUUUCCAAAACUGGCCUCAUCCAGUAAUUAAAAAAACAGAAAAAGAGGCUUUGGCCAUUAAGUGGGAAUUUGACAACUUGAGGUAUUACUUCUUGGGUAGACGGUUUAAACUAGUGACUGAUCAUGCUCUAUUAAAAUGGAUGUUUGUAAGUAAAGGGCAGAAUGCUUCUGUAAUGACUUCACAUUAUGGUUACAGUGUCUCCUGGUUCUUACGUCUCUGUAUGGCUGGAGUGUUCAUCAUUGCUGUUCUGUCAGUGGGCGUAUGCUUCUGUCACACCAAACAGGUACAGAAGUCUGCCCAGUGGUCUGCGUCCACACAGCGCCAUGUUGAGGAUGAAGAAUUAGCUGGUCUUUCAUCAGAUUCAUCUCAAGCACAACCCUGUCAGUCACUGGUGUCAUCUAGGCCACCAAGCACCAUCUUGCUGCUCCCUCAACACAUGACUCCACAUUCUUCUCAGCUUCUUGAGGAGCACACCCAACAGGAGGGUGCACCUGAAACGGAGCAAACAGACACAUUGAGUUUGACAGAUAUCCCUCCUACAUCACCCCCGUCAUCACGGAUGCUGACUUCACCAGCUGCACAGAUGAGCCUAACAUCAUCACCACCACCCAAUCCAGUGCAGUGUUUUUGGUCUACCUGGGCAACCCAACAAAACCACCACUUGGACUGCCUAAAAACACAAGUGCAGCAAAUAGCAACCCAGGCUAAAAACACCAAAUGGCUAAACACAAAUGUCACUCAUUUAACCACAGAGAUCACCAGAGUCGCUAAUACCCUGGAACAAAUGAGGAGUGACAAUAACCGCUUCCACGAUUCCUUUCUCCGACACAUGGAGGACAACAAAAAAUGCCACCAAACUUACUUACACCUGCUGGAAUCCAACCUCUCAUACCAACAGACUGUGAUACGGUUAAUGGAAUCACAGACUAUUCCUACAAGGGACUUAAAUAGUUCCAUUAGUAAUUAAGGUACACAACUGGUGGGACACCUCCAAGAGUCAGGCCCGAGCACUUUAGGUGGUUCCACCCUACAAAACACACCUAUGGCAACCCCAUAAAUGGGUUCAUUGUGCAUAUGUGAAACAACUGCUUCACAAACCAGAGGGUGGUCCACCUCCAGGGGUUGGCAGGGUAGACAAUAGUGUACCAUAAACAUAAGCUGGCAUUGGGUCCAUAUAAUUAGAAAUCCAUUUCUGACAGAACUUAAAUUUGCCCAUUGACCAGUUACACACACAACUGUUUAUAAUUUUACCUGACCCAAAUUCAUGCAUCUCAGUGUAAAUCCAAACCAUCUACCCCUGUGGUGAGUUCGUAAAUGUGUGCGCUGUGCUGACAUGAUGGGCGUGGCCCACAUCACAGAAUCACCACACCUAGGGGUCAUCUGUAAGUGGAGAAAUAAAAAGAAAAUAUAAUUAAAGCUUACUUUAUGUUUCUGCUGUGUCUUGUUAGGGUACUAACAAAAAACGGAUCUAGAAAGCGCUGACACAGUAUAUUUAAAAAAGUAUGUUUUAU